ACUAGUAUUUUGGUGUACAUAGGGACAUGUAUAAGUAGGUAAUUAGACGUUAAAAUGUGAGUUCGCUUUUGCUUUAUCCUUAAAAAUAUAGCAAAAACAGAACAAAAAUACCAAUGAAAAGGCUGACAAACUAAAUGUCAAUCAAGGUAUUGCUGUAGUUUGUUAGCUAGCUUCCUAUUGAAACGGUAGCUGGCGAACUGGCGUAAAUAUCUUUAGUUCACAUUUAUAAACAAGACUAGCUAUGCUUCAGGAUUAUUCGGCAGAACAGAUGAGAAACAUCAUUUUAAGUGGCUUUAUUAAUGUUUGCUUAUGUAGAAACAUAUAAAUAUAACAAAUUCCCAAAUAUUUUUGAUAUUUAUGUGCAAAAUAAAAACUAUGCAUAAUUUUUUGAGUCCGUAUUAAAUUGUGCAACAUUAUCUGUCAAAUCGGAUAUUUUGUCAGUUGCCUAGCUAUUUUCUUAACUUUAAGUAUCGUUUUGGCUAACUAUUGUGGCUAAUCAUGUUGUUUUAUUGCAUUUUAUCGCUUGGCAUUACAGUAUCAUAAUUUGACUAACAAAAAGUUAAAAUUCUUAGUGAUGUAUUUGGUGUUAUUAAUAUCAUCACGGUUAUUGUACGCGUGAAGCCAUAUGCAGCUUAUCGAGAAUUUGCAGCGCACACAGGUAAGUUAUGUUUCCUGUGUACUCAGAUGGACACUCUUUGAAACUGAACCCAUUUUGUAUGUUGGCGGCUGUGGACACCGUGUAGCGCCUUUGAAUUGCUGCCGUGAUCGAGCUUUUAAAGUCAGCAGAAAUCCAUUUUGUACUUUAUUAUAAGCAAUCUUAGAAUGUGCAUUUAUCAAUUCUUCAUCUACAGAUACCGUUCCUCCACUUCUUCUGGAUUAAUUUACAGAGGGAAGCACCCAAACCGACUACUUCUUCCUGGCCACCCUUUACACGGUGUUUCUCACCGUUUCUCUUUCACAUUAGUGUUACUUUGCUGUCUCACUGAGCUGGGAGUAUUUCUAUAGUAUAUUAUAUUGUGUUCAGUUUCAUUAUUAUAGGCAAAUUAUUUGAACGUAUUGAAUUUAAUGUUUGCAAAAUAUUCCAUUUGUGUUUACAUUUAUGUUUAAGAGCUGAAUGAUAGGGUGUGAAAUAUCACUGUUGUAUCCCGAUGUUGCAUAUGAUUGCAUUGUUUUGUGUACAGCAUGAUAAUUUAAACGAUUCCCUUGGAUAAAAUAACGAAUAUGUGUCAUUUUUUAAUGUCGUGCAUGGUGUGUGUUCCUUCCAUCCAUCUUCCAACCCUUUCUCCUGGUUAUGGUCUUGAGGGGCCUGGAGCCUCUUGGCAUUCAGUCUGGUCGGGACAUUUUUGUUUGCGUAAUUUUUCAUUGGGUUGUAUAGAUAAGGUGCAGAUAAUGUUAAGCUAAUGUUUCCACUGAAUGGCCAUGUUUUUGGGGAGUCCCCAGCCAGUGUCCUGUGUUUCCUGGGAUGGAUGGAAAUCUUUACAAUGCAUUGUUUCCGUUUUUGAACACUUAACCUUUCAUCUGCUUGUUAAUAUGAUGUUGAGAGCAGUAUGUGAUACGGGUCAUUGCAAGACAAAUCAUCACACUUUCGGACCUCAUCAUCACGGAUUUUAACUAAACUUGGCAUGUUGAUUUGGUCACACGAGUAACUCAUGAAUCUGAGAUUGAGAGUGUCUUGAAUCAAUAUUGAGGGAGAUUUAAGCGAACAAAGUUUUAACUUUUUGGAGGGGUGGCUAUGACUUUGACUGGCUAUAUUUACCUUAAUGUAAGCUGCACAGAAGUGGUCCUCAUAUUGUUUUAAAGCUAUUGUCCAGCUUUAUAGAUUGAAUAAAUAAUAUGCCAUCCCCAUACGAAUAAUUACUAUGUAAUAACUGAUUAAAAUGUUAAAAAUUCAAUAACAAAAAAAAUCUAUAUUUCAAAAUUGAUAAUUUUCUUACUAAAGCUAGCUCAUAAUGUCAUGAACAUCUCCAGAAAAUUUGAUGUGUGAUGAUUUGACAUGGAAUGACCCAUAUACACAUUCAGUACAGUUUAUGGAAGUUAUAUACUUGCACUAAAGCAGCAUUCAUAUAUAUUAAUUGUCUUUAAGGAUGGACCUGAACUUCUGUCCAAAAAUGAUUGGCGGUUGUGAGGUCAAAGCAGAACAAGAAGUGCAGAUGAAGGACUGAAUGCAUAUGAAAAAUCAUCUUCAGGUACAAUUUCUGAUAUGGAAAAAAAGGAUAAUGGUUCUGUAGACACUGAAGGCCCCAUGGAGAACGGCCAGCCCCCUGAUCCUGCCCAGUGGGCCGUAGCGGAUGUCGUUAAUUAUUUCCGAAUGGCUGGUUUUGAAGAACAAGCAAGUGCGUUCCACGAUCAGGAGAUCGAUGGGAGAUCUCUGCUAUUGAUGACCCGAAAUGACGUCCUAACGGGAUUAACGAUAAAGUUGGGUCCAGCUCUGAAGAUCUAUGAGUAUCACGUGAAACCCCUCCAGAAUCAGCACCUGAAACAUAAUGCACUAUGACCAGGCCUCUACUGAAGAUGUCAGUCGCACAGGAAAGAUGCAAGAUGAUCAUGUCUGUCCUGCAAAAUUUCUUUUCAAAAGCACAGCUCACUCUUUUUUCCCAUGACAAGAAUAGACUGGCUUAAUCUGGGGGCAGAUAUGGGUGCAAGAUGCCAGUGCAAGGAAAGAUUGUAUUUGUCAUUAUUCUUUCUUGAUCUACAUUCCCACCUAGACUGAACAAAUAUAUCAUAUUCCUGCAUUUUUUUUUCGGUUGUUUUGGUCUCAGAUCGUUUCCUUUCUAUAACUCUUCAGACCACCAAAGGAGAUCAUUUUAAUUAAACAAAAUGGAAAAUGUAUAGUGAGUUCUGUAAUAAGUUAUGCAUUUAAUCACUGAACAUUGAUAUUGGAGGCUUGAACCUAUUUUUGUAAAUAAUGCAUUUUCAGUUAUGAAGAUUAUAAUAUUUAAAUACGGUGCGUGUGAAUAUGCAUAUCCAUAACAAUUUUAAAUCUAUUGAUUAUGGAUAUUGAUCUAUAUUAGUAAUUGCAAAAAUGUUUAAAACAAAAACUAGCAUUUCAUAAAUAUAAAGCACUUAACUUUGACUUACAGGCCUGUUGUUCUUACUGGUCAUUGACAAUGAAACAUUAUUCAUGGUUUACCCUCCCCUCCCCCUCCCCCUGUUAGUUGUUUUUAAUUCUAAUUUGAGGCCAUCUAACUCCACAGUGGUCAUGUCCUUUCCCUUCUCAAAAUAGAUGAUAUUUUGUACCAAGUAUUGUUCUGCCACCAAAGUGUUUUAUGUGAAGCAGAAGAAUAUUCUCUUAAGGAGCUGCUCUAGCUCCACAGUAAAUGUUCAUCGAAAUACAUUAUGCAAGGACUGUUGAUUCUAAGGGUAUAUCAAUCUGCAAAAUGUAAAGAAUAUUGCUAAAUGUUUGGGAAUCUGACUGAAGCCACUUGGGUCACAAUAUGGGUGCGUUUUGAUAGUUCAGAAUUUAGUCGGCUACACAUUUGCUUUGUAGAAUAAUAUUCUUUCAGCUAACUAAUCAGUGCUGAUUUGGUAAUCAUUGUGUAUUGUUUUUUUGAUGCGUGAAACUAAUCUGUUAAUUGCCGAUAACAUUAAUUUAUUCGAUUUCAUAUUAAAUUUCAUAGGUGUUUA